AUGGUUGAUGCAACUACUGGACACGAAGUGUUAUCCUUCAUGGAUGGUUCGUCUGGAUACAACCAAAUUCGGAUGAACCCAAAGGAUGAGGAAUUCACUGCAUUCCGUACUCCAAAAGGAAUAUAUGGUUACAAAGUUAUGCCUUUUGGAUUGAAGAAUGUCGGAGCCACAUAUCAACGUACCAUGCAGAAGAUCUUUGAUGAUAUGUUGGAUAAAAAGGUGGAAUGUUAUGUGGAUGACUUAGUCGUAAAGACCAAAAACCGAAAAGAUCAUUUAGAUGAUUUACGGGUUAUCUUUGAAAGACUUCGUCGAUUUCAAUUAAAGAUGAAUCCUCUCAAGUGCGCCUUUGGUGUCACUUCUAGAAAAUUUCUUGGCUUCAUCGUAAGGCAUAGAGAUGAUACUUGUCGGAAAGCCUUUAAUAAUAUCAAAGAGUACCUCCUACAUCCGCCUAUACUAAAGGCACCAAUUUUAGGUAAGCCAUUAAUCCUAUACAUUACUGCCCAGGAGCGAUCAUUAGGAGCACUUCUUGGACAAGUGGAUGACGAGGGGAAAGAAAGCGCAUCAUACUACGUGAGUCGUACGUUGGUAGGCACAGAGCUAAAUUAUUCACCAAUUGAAAGAGGGUGCCUAGCAUUAGUCUUCGCAACAAAGAAGCUAAGACAUUAUAUGCUUGCACAUGUUAAUCAUUUGAUCACAAAGGCGGAUCCACUUAAAUUCAUCAUGUCAAUACCAGUCUUAUCCGGAAGAUUAGCAAAGUGGGCACUUCUUUUAUCAGAGUUUGAUAUUACUUUUGUACCUCAAAAGGCUAUAAAAGGACAAGCUUUAGCGGAUUUCCUAGUGGACCAUCCGAUUCCAGCAGAGUGGGAGCUUCCAGAAGAAUUUUUGGAUGAAAAAGUCUUUUUCAUUGAUAUAAUACCAUCAUGGAAAUUACUCUUUGAUGGUGCUGCACGAAAAUAUGGUGAGGGAGUUGGGGUAGUUUUCGUUACCUCUCAAAAUGAAGUCAUGCCUUUCUCCUUUACAUUGAUGGAGAUGUGUUCCAACAAUGUGGCGGAAUACCAAGCCUUGAUAAUUGGCUUGGAAAUGGCUUUAGAGAUGCAACGUGGACAGCUUGAAGUUUUUGAAAAUUCUAAGAAUGAAAAUCGACAAGCAGAUGCAUUGGCUAACUUAGCUAUUGUAUUGGCUAACUCUGAUAAAGAUAUCGCGAUUGUGUCCUGUAACACCCAGAAAAAAAUUCACCAAUUACCAAAUUAUCAUCGCCAUAAAACGGAAAUUUGGCGACAUGCCUCUAGAUUCAUCUACUACAAAGAUACGCUUUAUCGGCGUUCUUUUGAUGGCGUGUUUCUUCGAUGCCUAAGGAAAGAAGAAGCAAAUCAAGUAUUGGAAGAAGCCCAUUCCGGGAUAUGUGGUGCUCAUCAUUCCGGACCAAAACUUUACUUUCAGAUAAAAAGGAUGGGAUAUUAUUGGUCAACCAUGGUGAAAGAUUCCAUUGAAUAUGCUAAAAGAUAUGAAGCUUGUCAAGUUCAUGUGAACUUUAUACACCAACCACCGGAACCCUUACAUCCGACUGUUGCUUCAUGGCCUUUUGAUGCCUGGGGUUUGGAUGUUGUAGGACCCAUAACUCUAAAAUCGUCUGCUGGCCAUUUGUAUAUCUUGGCAGCUAUAGAUUAUUUCUCAAGAAGGGCGGAAGCACUUCCAUUAAAAGAAUUUCAUUUUGUCCAACACAAUUCCUCCAUGUACAACGCAGCAGCAAAUGGACUUGCAGACACCUUUAACAAAACUCUCUGCACUUUGCUAAAGAAAGUUGUCGCCAAGUCAAAGAGAGAUUGGCAUGAAAGGGUAGGAGAAGCUUUGUGGGCCUACCGAAUAACUUAUCGAACACCAACACAAGCCACAUCAUAUUCUUUGGUUUAUGGCGUUGAAGCAGUAGUAUCAUUGGAAUGUCGAAUUCCGUCUCUCGGGAUUGCUAUCCAAGAAGGCCUUACAAUUGAGCAAAAUGCUCAAAUAAUGGAUGAAAGAACUUAA